AUGUUUAUUUUGGUCUUCGAUGGAAAAAAUUUAGGUAUUGACGUUGACAUGUUGAGUGUGUUUGAAUAUCCAAAGUUGCUUGCGCAGCUCGAGGUGAGCUCGGAAAACGCAGCUGUGCAAAACUUCAGAGCCGAGGCCUCGAAGUUCGCCGAGCUCUACGGCCGCACAAACGACUUGCGCAUCCUGGCGGCUGUUCCGAAGGCACACGAUCAGUCUGCUGACCCCAAAAUCGCCGAGCUGUGCGAGUUGGACCAACUGCAAACCAGAAACGACUCCAUGCGCUUCAUGCUCAAGCUUGAGGUCGUCAAGAGAGAAAUAGUAAAGCUAGUUGGAGGAGAAUGCGACUUGAUUGGCGCCUUCAAGAAUGUUUGGCGACAGCUCGGUAAAUAG